GUUAUUAAUAAUAACCCUGCAAACAUUACCAGAAAGCAUCUUACAGGUGGCCCCCUGGUGUUCACUGUCGGCGGAAGCCCCGGCGGUGACAGAUAAAGGUGUGUCCUGUCAUUAGCGGCAGCAGUUACCUGAGAGCGUCGAGAUUAAAGGACGCUGCUGGCGGCGUCCACUUAAUCUACAUAAAAAGAAAACAAAAUGGUGGAACAAACAAGACGCCCAAGUCAUGUCAUUGCCCUCCAGGCUGGACCUAGUGAGGUGGACCCUGGCACCCUGAGGAUCAGUGAUAGGGUUGUACGGACCUGUGGCCGCCAGUUGGCUUUAAUCGGUGACCAGCUAGACCGAGAGUAUGCCAGCAGAAUGCCAAACCAGCUUCCGACUCCCUUAAACUUCCUGAGACCUGCCCAGGCACUGACCCGGACCAUCUAUAGGGAUAUUCACAGUCAGUUAGCAACUUUUCGGGGUUUGUCUGCUGCAGUGAAGACCUGGUUAGUGAGCACUGCACCUGGGCAGGGGAUCCUCAGAGUUGAGGCCUUGACAGCUUGGGCAUCCAACUUAAACCCAGUAACCUGCACUGGCUGGAACAGAGGAGCACUUGUUAUUGUGACACUGGUGGCCAUGGUGACCAUUUUCAGUGCACUAUGGACGGAGCAGAAAGCCUAAGGGGGCCACGAGCAGGUCUUCUCAGCCAUGUUUGUCAAAAUAUGUUUGCUAUCGAGUGAGAAUUACUGCUAACUGUUUUCUCUUGCUGUUUACUUUGACUUUUCCUUUUUUUAAUAACUGUUUUUAUUGAGCGGUAUUGAAGUUGAAAGUGAAGACGACAACCUUUUUGGCAACGCAGAAGAAAAGAGAAGGAAAAAAAAAAAAAAGAGUAUAAUGUAAAAUUAGUUGGGAGUAAAUUGUUUAAAGGAAAUCUAGCGUUGCCUAAGGAGUUGGCCAGUUUAUUGUAGCAGUGGCAUGUUGAUUCAUGUCAGAAAACAUGUUGACUGGACUGUUGCUGGCUUGCAGUCUUUUGUAUCCAGAUUUGUUUCUUACUGGUUUAAGAGGCCAAAUUUUUUCAAAUGGUAUGUAGCAUUGCUUAGUGUACAAUGAAGGGAGCUGGACUUUCUGUUCAAGAUUUGAAACUGCUUUUUCAUGUGACGCCAAAUAAACUUAAAAUAAACUCUUAAUGACAAAAAUGUGA